UGAUUUACGAGGCAGUUCGUACUAGCUUAUUCUUUUCUCUGCUACCUUUGAGCAGGACUCUGGCUUUUCUCACAUUUCAUUAAGGGGACGCGAUUCUUUGAGAUUUGAAGUUUGUUUAUGUUGUAAACAAAGUAUUUCUUUUUACUUAUUGUUUCUAUUUGUUUUAUUUUUGCGUGAAAUUUUGGGAGCGCUUCAGAAUGAGUAUGUGGACUUCUUCGAUCCAUUUACCUAAAUUUAGCAACCGUUUUAUGGGUAUUUUAGGGCCCCAUGGAAAUUGCUCAUUGCGUUCUUCUGGAAUUCUUGCUUUCCGUCCUAUUCGAUGUUUCUCUCAGACCCCUAGUCCAUGGAACCAAGACUCCGAUUUAUUAGAGACCGGAGAGCGAACUGGGUCUAGUAUUUUUUCUUCCCUACCAAAUGAAUUUCAGGCACCUUCUCGUGAACCUUCUCAGCAAAAAUCUCGCCCAUGGAAACGGAUAUCUACGAAGCGUCUUUUAACCAUGGAUCCUUCUUACACACAUCAAUCGAAUAUUCUCCGCUCAUCCUUAAAAAAAGCUGGCAACCUUUGUCGUCAAAUCGCCAGAAAGCCUUUCUAUCAUGCACUUUUACAGAUGAAGUUCUCCGAAAAGCGCGUUUCCCGAUCUAUCGCUUCUGCUCUCGUAAAUGCACGCAAGAAUGCCGUUAGCAAAGCCGGUCUUGAUGAAAAGACCCUUUACAUCGACCAGGCAUGGGUGGGAAAGGCAACUUAUAUUAAAAAAAUUAUUACUCGAGGUCGCGGUGGUCAUGCUGUUGAGAGACGUCCUCGAGUUCGUGUUACCGUCCUUCUUAAAGAUGAACGUGCACUUCUACGUGAUCUACAACGUCGAAAUGAUAGAACAAACAGCCGUCGUGUUUGGUCCCCUCUACCCAACCGCCCUAUUUACAAUAAACUUAAUGCUUUUACCUGCUAAACCCUUUCCUAAACAACAUCUAAGCUUGAUCAAUUCUAAUUUAUAUCUCUUUCUCUUUUACGUAUAGCUGUUUCCCUCCUUUCAUUAUGGUGAUUACCAAUAGCACAACCAAACAAAUAACAAAUUAAUUACAGCGAAUUUCUCUAGCACUGUUCAUUGUUUUUUAUCCAUUUUUAAAUUUAUACAUUCAUUAAUCUUUAUAAAAAAGUACUGCUAAACGAAUACAUGUUCUUUUCCGUGCGAACA